UGAAACACAAGUCUAUCUGCUUCACUCAGAUUUCUUCAGAUCGUCACCAUGAGCGGAUGUCGUGUGUUUAUCGGCCGCCUCAGUCCUCACGCCAGGGAGAGAGACGUGGAGAAGUUCUUCAAGGGUUAUGGACGGAUCCGAGAGAUCAACCUGAAGAACGGGUUCGGCUUCGUGGAGUUUGAUGACCACAGAGAUGCGGACGAUGCGGUGUACGAGUUAAACGGAAAGGAGCUUUGCAGCGAGAGGGUGACCAUUGAGCACGCUCGCUCUCGUCGUGGUCGAGGAGGUGGAGGUGGAGGAGGAGGAGCAGGCAGCCGGUUCUCUCCUCGAUUCGGAGGCUACCGACAGUCACGCAGUGCAGGAUCCAGGUCUCUCUCUCUGUACGGCCCUCCCGUGCGCACAGAGCACAGGAUUAUCGUGGAGAAUCUGUCGUCCCGUAUCAGCUGGCAGGUGAGAAAAGACCUGAAGGACCUGAUGAGGAAAGUGGGAGACGUGACGUUCGUGGAUGCUCACAGGGCAAACAAGAACGAGGGGGUGGUUGAGUUUGCCACACACAGCGAUAUGAAGAACGCCAUCGAGAAGCUGAACGGUACGGAACUGAACGGCCGCAAACUGAAAUUGUUUGAGGAUCGUAAGAGGAGCCGCAGCAGGAGUCGCUCUCGCAGCUCCUCCCGUUCUCGCUCCCGUUCUCGCUCCAAAUCUGGCAGUCGGAGCCACAGCCGCGAGGAUAAGCGUGAGAGCAAGCGAGAGAAACGCUCUCGCAGCCGCUCUCGUUCAGCCAGUCGCACUCCGGAGAAGAAGACUUCGGCCAAGUCCGAGUCCCGCUCACGCUCCCGCUCUCCAACUCCCAGGAAACAAUCUCGCUCUCGCUCAGCAUCCACCGAAAGCCAGCACUGAGCGAGUGUGUGAGAGUGAGUGUGUGUGUGUCUGUGUGUGCAUGGGAGUGUGUGUGUGAGAGAGAGUGAGUGUGUAAGUGUGUGUGAGAGAGACACUGAGGUUGGUUCACAUCUGAAUGUGUGUCACUUGCAGGUUGUGUAUGUUUAUCUUUACCGAGAGUGAACCUUAUUAACCUUUUGAUUUUUAUUAAAUUUUUUUUAUUUGAUUUUUCUGUAUGGAGCUUUAUUAGAUGUUAAGAAACUGUAUGUGAGGUAAGCAGAUGAGACACACAUGGUGUAUAUUGGUGUCUUGGGCAGGUUAUGCUGACCCUGUUGGCCAUGUGUCUCCACUGUAUAGUCGCUCUGGUGUAAGAUACAAAAUCAAACUUAACACCAAGCAUGUCUCAACUUAUCAACUAUACCUGGAGGACGAUCUGUACGCUUUUCUGUUUUUGUAGUAGAUUUCAAUUUAAACAGAACCAGACGUGUGUGUGUGUGUAUGAAGGUGUUUCUCAUUGUUCUUUACACAUUUAUUUUCAUUCAUUGUAAUUUGUCUUUCUGGUUCUGUAACUUCUAAUGAGGAUUUAUUACUGAAAUAAACUGUGAAUCAGUCAGGUUA